UUUCAAACCACUAUUCUACUGAAGCUCGAGAAAAGGCCUCUGCAUCAUCUAUUGGUUGUGUGGUAGAAUCCGGUUGGAAGACCUGCAUCAUGGAGAACGCCAGUAACUUGUCCCAGCCCAUGACUGCAGACGAGCUGUACGAAGACUUCGCCCCCAACAUGACUGGCUGCUUCUUGUUGUACGAAGACCUCCUCCCCAACACGACCGGCUGCUUCCCUCCCCAAGACUCAGACGGAGAGGUCCUGUGGGCGAAGAUCUUCCUCUGCACGGUGUACUCCAUCACCAUGUUGACGUGCGGCGUCGGCAAUCUCCUGCUCAUGGUGGUCAUAGCGAAGUACAAGGAGAUGCGGACCUUGACCAACGCCCUGGUGGCCAACCUGGCGCUGUCUGACUUCCUCGUGGCGGUGUUCUGCGUGCCGUUUAUCCUAGACUACCACAUCGUCAGGCCCAACCGGCUCUGGACGUACGGCGACGUCACCUGCGCUGUCGUCAACUACGCCCGGAUGUCGUCCCUCUACGUCUCAACCAACGCGCUCUUGGUCAUUGCCGUCGACAGGUACGUGGUGAUCAUGAUGCCGCACAUCCCACGGAUGAGUCGCGCGGUUGCCGCGUGUGUGGUGAUGGCGGUGUGGGUGUGCUCCAUGUUGUUGGCCAUCCCCACAGCCGUGUACUCACGCGCGCUCUACUACGUCGACUUCCACGGUACAUUCUGCGGACUCGUCUGGCCAAUUGGCCAUCAAGUCAGAUACAAAGCUUACUACUUGGCUGUUCUCCUGUUGGAGUUCAUCGUCCCUGUCCUGAUUAUGUCGUUCUGCUACAUACGGAUAGCUCGCCGGAUCUGGUACCGAACCGUCCCCGGUCAGCAGACUGAGUCCCAGCAGGCCGCCAUGCUGAAGUCUAAGAAGAGAAACGUUCGACUGCUCAUCGUCAUUCUGGUGAUGUUUGUCCUGUGUUGGGGACCGUACUACGGCUAUGCUGUGGUGAGAGACUUUUUCCCGCGUCUGCUGGCCAAAUCACGACUCAACAUCACCCUGCACUACAUCGUGGAAGCGGUCGCUAUGGGCAACAGCUCCAUUGACACCGUGGUGUACAUCGCCAUGAACGCCAACGUGAGGAAGUUCAUGAAGAAGCUGCCGCACGACUGCUACACGUCCUACAUGCAGUGGAAGAACCGCCGGGUCCAACCCGUCGGUCACUCGGGCGCAGGAGGCAGACGCCCCGCCGCGAGACGCUCCUCCACCCGGUCAGACAACACCUUCCCGCCGUCUAACUACUCCAACUACAGGACCCGCGAUGUGAAGGAAGUCUUCUGCAUAGAAGACAGAGUGGCACAAAGAUCAUAA